AAUGCACGCCCCGAAAUUACCGACCUCUCAUAAGCUAGCACAACAGAACUCACAUGCCCGUACAUUUUUAGCCUGCUGUGUGGAGCACUGAAGUGUAAGCUGCCCAUGCAACUUACAGGUCAAGUUUUCUGAAUUUGUGAGUUCCACGCUCACGCUGGUCAUGGCCAAGGCCCAGGUCGUCGCCCGGAUCGCCGUCGAGGUCGCGCCGUCCAUUAUCAGGCGCCGCCGGCGAGGGCUCCCGUUGACGGUGCUGGACACGAUAGCGGAGGAGGAGAAGGAGGCGGCCGCGGCCAUGGCGCCUCACCACCGCAACAAUGUAACCGCCGGCCGCUACGCCGGGGAGACCACUGGCUCCUCUACGCACGCUGGUGCUGAGAAGGGGAAACGGUGCGUCGGCGGGAGCAACGACCCCUCGGAGCACGGGGAGAAGUGGCUCGCGCCGGCCAAAGCGCGGUGUUCAAAGAUCGCCGCGUGAUUGAUCACCGUCGGCGGGGAACCGAAGUUAUUUAGAGUUGGACUAGCUUUGUACGGUGUAUGAUGGUGAACUGCUUGUGUUACCGUGUGGACUAUAUGCAUGUGCAUUCCAUAUCUAAAUUAUGGAUGUGCAGCUCGCUUCGAGGAAGAAAAGAACAUCUAGCAUCCAACGGUUUAUGCGUACAAGUGCGAUUAUAUGGACAUGUAAACCUUCUGCGUUCAUGUCUGAUAUACUAUUCCUUCCGUUUCUAAUUAUAAAACCAUAUUAUUUUAGUAGAA